GAAGAUGAUGAUAUACUUUUGAAUAAUUUAAUAAAUGAUAAUAUACUUGUAGAAAAUUCAGAAGAUAAAGUUAAGACUUCUUUAACUGGUGUUGCUAGUAUUUACAAUGUCUCUAGUUGGAAAUCUGAAAAGGCUAAAAAAGUAUUUGGUCUAUCUAAUAUUCAGUAUGCUUAUGGAGAUCCUAGAAAUAUUCGAUCAACUCAAAUAUGUCCAUUUUUGGGAGUACCUUUUCAAAAAACUUAUUGCUCAUAUCAUAGUGUUAAAAUAUGUAAGUUUAGUUCAGCAACUCUUAAUAUAGAACAUUCUUCAGUUAAUUUUGAAGAUCAGCUAUAUAAAAAAAUCUUCAAUGCAAAUGAAUUUUCUGUUAUUACCUUUACUCUUAAUAUAUAUGCUCAAGCUUAUAAUACACCAUGUUCUUAUAUUGAUCUAAUUACUAAUAUUCACUCACAUCUUCAUAAAACUAAUACUCAAGUAAUAAAAGGAAAGCUUAUUAAUAAAGGACAAUGUCCUGUAAAAUUUUAUCAUAUAUUACUAAAUAAUUUAAAUGAAUGUCCAUUUAUUGUAAUAAUUUCUAUUAGCAAUCAUAAUCAUCCACUACCACCACCAACUAAAACUCCAUAUAAUAUAGUUGAAAAUUUACAAAAAAUUAUUGAAAAUAAAUAUGAUUUAGAUCUUAUUGCAUGA